CAUGUCGUCUGCUAUCUUGUCAGUUCCUCGCAAGUUUUCCUCGACUUGCAUGUCUCUGCUUAAACUUGGCUUGAACGGCAACAGGACAAGCCUAUUUUCCUGUCAACUGUAUAAUAACCAUGGUUUCCUACAAAUGGAUUGCCAAGCGCCGAAACUACAGCGAGGAAGAAGUUGCAUAUCGAAGCUUAAGGACACCGAAUGACAAUUUGCCGCACCCACUGCAGAGUGCAAUUUCUAGAGAAACCAAUGCAAAGGCCAAAUCAAUUGUUCCACGGAAGAAAAUUUCUUCCGCCUACUCAGAUCCCCUCAGCCAAGCCCUUGAGGGCAGUGACCCGCUCAGUCAGUUUGUAUCCAAAGACGAAGUGGAAGGCCCUGAUAUUCCUGUCACGAACGUGAACCAGAAAGGUGCUGCAGCGCAGGAAUGGCUCAAACAUAGGACUACCAUACUCAGCAAAUUUACGACGUCAGAGAAACUAUCCAUCAAAUCAAGUUUCCUUCAAGGAGGAGAAAAAUUGGUGGUCAAACAGCAGAUCAACGACAAACUGAAGCACAGACUUCAACAGCUGGAUGAAUUUGAAGAACAUGUGAGCGAGCAUAAAGGCCUUUCCAGGGAUGAUUAUGUCACUCGAAUCACACAAAUAAGUCAAGAACUUCAUCAAGCCUGGGCUUUAGAUCAAAGAGUCAAGGCUUUGAAAAUUGUCAUCCAAUGUUCCAAAUUACUGCUCGAAACCCACCCCUUUGCAUUCUAUCCAAGCAAAUUUGCUCUCAUUACCGACAUAUUGGAUAAAUUUGGCCGGAUGGUGUUUGAACGGAUUGCCGAAAAGGGCGAAAUUAGGCUUGUAGAUCACCAGCUUCCCAAAUAUUUUAAACCUGAGCAUGUCUCUGAGUCGGCACGUGAGACUUGUCGCAAUUGGAUGUACAAAAUUGCAUCAGUUAGGGAACUGUUACCGCGCAUUUAUGUCGAAAUGGCCGUGCUGGAGAGCUAUUCAUUCCUCGAAAACACGGAUUUUUCUGCGACUUUAAUCCGAUUAUCGAGAACCAUUCGUGGUGUGGGCAACCCAUUAGUUGCUGCCUAUGCACGCGCUUAUUUAAUGCGUGUUGGGCGAGAAAUACGUCUUCAAGAUCGUUCGUUUGUUGUCGAGAAUGUUCGUGACCUCUAUCUUUCGUACAACCAGUUGUAUAGCAAUAGCAUCCGUUCAGAAUUGACCAUCUUCCGAACGGAUUUGGCAGAUUAUUUGUCGCUCUAUUCGCCCGCGUAUGACUGGAUCUUCCAGACUUUAGCUCAUACCGGCCAAUACAACGAAUUGGAUUCUAUCUGGCGGCAGAGUUUCAACCAAGCCGAACCAGGAUUACUUUGGCUAUCCCUUCUCAGUCAGUUCCCGUCGGACUUCGUCCUAUCCAAGUGUUUGGAGCUAGCACUUCAUAUUACAACUACACCCUCAACCGGUGUUCCUAGUCAACAGUUGAUGGUUCUUAUGGGCCAAGUUCUCAGCCGGAAUCUGGCUUCUUCGUGCGAUUCCAACCCUGGGAAAAUGCUCAACGUCAUCUGGCCUUAUCUAAGUCGUAAAGAGGACGUCGAAUCGUACUUGCAAUGUAUUGACGCUUGGAUGCCUUACCUUUUACGGCAUUGGCGAGUCAGGGAAAUGCACCGCAUCAUCAACGAUAUAGUCCAGCAUUGUCGGCCAAAGGCUCAAGCCCACCACGUGGCAAAUCUAACCAGUAUCGUCCAUGCAUUGGUUCGGACAGAACAAGUUGACUACCAAAGUUUAUUCGCGACGGAUUCGUUGAUGGGACUAUUGGACAUCUACCCCGAAGGCCAUUCACGAGCAGAAGCGGCAAAAAUUUUACUUCAGCAAUUCCUCCUAGACCAUGAUCGACCAUUAAAUCAUCCACUUAUGGUUGACCACCUUUUAUCUAUCGCCCGCAUUCUCCAUGACACACUCAACGCCACCAGCGUAGAGGACGAAAAGCGACAAAUAAGCGAAAUCGCCAUCGCCCUUAUUGACCGUGUUGAUUUUGGCCGUGACUUCCAGCAGAUGUUAUCCUUUUACGGCGAUGCGCGAGCUGCAUUCACUAAUCUCGACCCUGUGCUUGCCCACCUAGUUCAGGCGAUCAAUCGCUUAAGUAGCCGGACUCGCCAAUUGAUUCAGGAGCACAACGAGAGGACCGGCCAUUUCGUCCGUGCCUGCGGUGCCUUUGCUUACAUCACCAUUCCAGCCAUUUCGUGCCCAAUGAUCCGAUUCAGUUUGUAUAUGCUGUCGAGUCAGGUAGCCUUGGCUAAUGAAUGCUUUGGACAAGCGGAUGCAUGUGUUGAAGGAGCCAUCAAUUUGGUGACAGAAUUUUCGCCACUUGAAGAACAAUGGAUCGUGUCCAAUCUAUCAAAUCUUCUUUCCGGCCUUUUAGUUCAACCCGACACGCCCGAUCAAAACCGUCUUCAUCAUUUACGGCGAUUAUUACGCAACGUGCGGACGUUUUCCAUGAACCACGCGCUGCACCGUUUACGCUCCACCAUCUACAUCCAAGCGAUACGUUUGCUUUCCGCUUACAUCCAAUCAGAUUACAUCUAUCAUGUUCCAGAUGUGGAGUCCAACGACCGUCUCUAUCUAGGGGACGAAGAUUUCCGUCUGGAGGCAGCCGAUUACUGCAGCCAACUGCUGACAGAACUUCUCAACGAUCUUAAUCAACUGGGCAAUGAGAACCAAUACGGAAAGCAGGCUACUCUUUGUUUGGAUUUGUUCUCAUUGCUAAUUGAGUCAGCUGACCUCAAAGCCGAACCGAGUCUCACGCAGCUCGCCGCCAAGCUCUUUCUCCUUGCCCGCAAACACAACCAAUGGGAUGCCGAUUACGCGUCGCAGUGGGCCCGCGGCCUUCCCGCCCGCCAGUCACUUGCUUUUUGCUCGCCCUUUUCAGCAAGAAUUCUUCAUCUUCCUUUCGCAAUCUUCUCGUCUUCUCCAUUGCUUCAGCAAAAUCCGCAGGCUUCCGCCAUGAAUCGAGUACCAUCUCAGUCGGAAAUAGACGAAUUACGGACGGCCUUUAUCUUGAUGGAUUCGGAUAGGGACGGCCGAAUUACAGCCUUAGAGGUCCAGAGCAUGCUCCAACAACUGGGCAUCAAUUUACGAGAGGACAUUGUCCUCAAUUUGGUCCGGCAAGCGAGUCAAUCGGGAAGCACUCUGAUGAACGAGGCGGAAUUUUUCCAGUGGGUCAAACGUAUCCAAGCCCUUCGCCCGUCACAGUCUGAUGACAGCGGCAGCAAUGCGGAUGAGGAAGCCGGCCUGGAUUUAGUGGCAGCCUUUCGAGUUUUUGAUCGCGACAAGAACGGGUUCAUAACUAAAGAUGAAUUGAGACUAGCGAUGGAAUUAAUCGACGAAUCCAUGACCGAGGAAGGCCUCAACGAGCUCAUCAAAAUGGCUGAUGUCGACAAGGACGGGCGUAUCAAUUAUGAAGAGUUUGCCAAAAUGCUUUUGUAAAUUUGCAGCGUGUCUUUUAAUUUUCAAUCCCAUGGCGUUGUUUUCGACAAAAAAUUCAACAUUGUAAAUUUUCCAUCCCUGAGAAAACCUUGUGGAACCCAAGUAAAUAAAAUUUAACACAAUUUCAAUUAAAUA